AUGAUUUAACCAAUAUCUAUUAAUCAUCAUGAAGAAAAAAUGUGGUAUGAUAAGGGUAAAAAAUUGUUAUAUAUCAUAUUUAGGAUCUGCAUUAGCUGAUAUAAAUCAAUUUCAAGAAGCAAUUUAAUGUUUUAACGAAGCCAUUUGUGUUAAUCCUCAUUAUGAUUUAGCUUUGAUUGGCAAGGGUAAUUUUUAUAUAUAGAAACAUAUUAGGUAAUGCAUUAACUAAAUUGGAGCAUUAUCAAGAUGCAAUUAAUUGUUACACCGAAGCUAUUUAUAUUAAUCCUAACUCUGAAACUGCAUGA